UAGAUUCUGCACUUUUUCACAUACUCAUAUUGGAUAAAAUAUUAGUUUUUUGACAUGAUUCAAGACUUAUUAGAUUUAUAUUUAAAAUUUCCCCAGCUGCACUGCAUUAAUAUUGAGAGAAAAGUAUUACAAGGGACUAUGUUAAUAGAGGGAUCACCAUGCACCAUUGAAAUUACUUUACCAAAUUUCCCAAAGAUUAAGAAUUUUAAAUGUAUUCUUAAAAACAAUCUACAUAUUGCUAACAUUUCAAAUAAGACAAAUAUAGAUCCGAACUGGAAUAUAGAAGAAUUUUUAAGCAACUUACCAAAAAUUUGGAAAGAAGAGAAUCCCAAUUUAAAUUUUAAGAAAGAAAUUAGUUAUGGGGAAGGAGUUUUAAAUAUACUAAAUCAAAUUCUAGCCUGUAAAAAUGAAUUGAACGAUAUUAAAAUGCAUGUGGAUAAUGAUCUCAGUUCUGUUAAAUUUGAUAAUUUUGUGGUAUAUCCCGAACAUUAUCUUGAAUUAAAAAUAGAAGAUUUCGUAGUUGAAGUAAAUGAUCAUAGUCUACCAAAUUUCUCUGAUGACUGGAAAGUUGAUAUGAUUGAAGAUGAUUUAUGUACAAAGAAUUUAUUUAGCUCUCCAUCAACUAUAGUGGGUUAUUUAAAGCAAUUUUUGAAACUCUUAGAAAAUUUCGAGUUAUUUUACAAAUAUAUAAACGCUUUAGAUGAUCUCUGUUGGAUAGUCGAGCCGACUGUUAUAACAACUAAAAUUAAUUGGAGAAUGUUUAAACUUGCAGAUAACGUAUAUAUAAAAGUUACUUUAAAUCCUUUAUGUCCAAAUUCUAUAAGUGUAAAUUUUUAUGGACCCACAUUGGAAGUAGAAAAAUAUCGCGAUAUUUAUCAAAAAAACGUCCCGAACUGGGAUUGUGAACUAGACGUUUAUAGCAAUUUAUUGAAGAUAUUUGAUUUAAUGUUAUUUCCUUGCAAAGAUGCUACCAUUAACUCAGAAAAUGAUGAUUUCAAUUGCAAAAUUUGUUUAUGUUAUUUGGAUGACGACUCUCAUGUACCAAUUUGCUCUUGCGAUAACAUAAAAUGCAACUUAAUAUACCAUGUGUCUUGCCUCAGAAGAUGGUUUUCGAAUUCAACCGAGGGGAGAACUUUUUUAAGUGUUGCAAUUGGAGUUUGUCCUUUUUGCAAAGAAAAAUUGUCCGCAUCCUUUAGAACCCUCUUAGAUAUUUAACAAGGUAUAAAAAAAAUCUAUGUUAUAUUUACAUAAAUAUGUAAUUAAACCAUAUAUUAGACAAUUUUUAUAAGAUAUAAAACACUUUAAAUAUUAAUUAUUUUAU